GUAAUCCUCGUGAUAUCAUGAGUUUAAAAGAAGAUAUAAAAGGUCAUUCGCAAGGAGCCUCCAUGGCUUUGGCAGUUGGCUUAACUUCGGAUUAUCCUUUGGCCGGAAUUAUUGCCGAGAAUAAAAUUACUCCUUUUUUUCUUUAUCAUAAUUAUUAUGACGAGGUUAUUCCGGUUUGGGUUGGCAACCAAUCGGCUGAUUUACUGAAGGAAAAAGGUUAUCAAGUAGAGUUUGAGGGCGAAUAUAGUGGUAGUCAUUUUUUUCAACCGGAGGAACUGCAAGAAAUAUUGACCAAAAAAUUAAAUGCUCUUCGUAAUGUAGGGGAAACAUUCGCCGCAGCAGGAGGAGCAACCCCAACCGAAAACCCCGAAACAACCACCGGAACCCACCCCACGGGAACCGAAGAAACUGGAAAUACCUCCGAACCCGAAACCACCGGGACACCACCCGAACCAGCGACCACCGGGGCAUCAGCACAAACGCCAGAACCAAACACCACACCUCCUCCUAAACCCAUUAGCGUUUAUGACUAUUUUGAAACAAAAAGUGGACUUAUAAAUGAAGACCAUGUGGACAGCCAACGGAAGUUCAUUAAAUAUGGAUUUCUCAAAAAUAAACUUAAAGAAAUUUAUCCGCAAAGUCAAGGUUCUCAAAAUGGUAAUCCUCCCCCGGGUGGAGACGAGUCCACUCAGACUAGAAAAAAUGCUAUUCAAACCAUCACGGCUGCUCUAAAUUUAGAACCCAUCAUAAAAGAAAGCGAGUUAAGUGCUGAAUUUCAGGACUGA